AUGUACGCGUUUGUGCGGUUUCAAGACGACGCUAAGAAGCUUGUGGUGCCAGUGGUGGACGUGAAGAAUUUCACUCCAGCCCAUACUAAAGAUUUCAACGGUCGGUGCUGGUACGACGUGUGGUGGCAAGACCAGGAAGACGAUGAGCAAACGGGGUACUACCGCGCGCAAAUCAUCAAGCUUUACAGAACUCAAGAAGAAGCAGAGGAGGAGUGGCGCACAAAGCGGGUUCCAAUCCCAAAGCCCCCAUCUGAUGAAGAAAGCGACUCAGAGUCGACGAGUGAGGAUAGUGGAGCAGCUGUCUCGCAGUCCCAAAAAUCAAAAAGCGAAGUCGCCAAGAAAAAGCGCUCGGAAGCGGUGCUACAAGCGUACAAGAAGCAGCAAAGCGAGCGACUGUAUCCGGAUGAAGAUGUGCAGCCUGACCCCCUGGUAAUCGCACAUGCCAAAAUCAGGCAACUGAAGAAAGAACUGAAGGAAGUCAGGCUGCAGAAUUCCAGGUUGCAAACUGCAUUGUGCUGCAAAGUCUUGCAGAAAGAACGGGAACAAGAGCGGGGCUAUGCAAGGACAACAGGAGCCUGCAACAAUCCUAGGCCAUUCAGCCCUGCAGUACAAGGUUCUGGUGCUCCAGUGCCACUCGCUUCUGGGGCAGGUUCACAGGUGCAGGCAUCUCCUUACAUUCAACGUCCAGCAUCGGUGCCCGCAAGCGUGCACUCAAGCCCUGAGGAGCUGCCCAUUCCCGCCAGGGAUCCAUCCCCCCAUGACCUUUUCGAGGUUGAGGAAGACCAGGCUGCUCCACUUGGACAACCAACCCUCUUCCAGACCGGAGGAGAAAAGGUGUAUGUCGGUGCAAACAUCUGGGUACCAAGCAAGAGCUACUCGGACUUGCUCGCACGCACCAGAGAUUCGCUGUUCGUUAGAGAGGCAGCAGUGAUUAUUUUUUCUACAUCGGGCCUGGCAGGAAAGAGCGUCACCGGGAUAUCCUCCAACCGCACAAAGAAUUCGCCGAAGCCGGCACUUGAGGAUUUCAAGUUCAAGGCUCUUGGCACAUUCUUCUUGCACUACCUGGUGCAUCGUUGCAAGUGUAAUCCCAAGUGCGCGACCACGUGCAAGUGUAAAGUCAAGAGCGAUUGCAAGUGUGAGGCCCAGCAUGGAUGUCAGAUCCCCAAAAGGCUGGCUCUUCUCAACAAGCAUGUGGCUUCAAAGAUUAUGGAUAUUGCCAGACGGGAAGGUCGUAAGUGACUGCCCUCUCUCACAAGCUAGGGAUGCAACUGAGCAGCUGGGCUAUGUCUGUUAGUGAUGGCAAAUGGCAGCCUUUCAGUGUCCUCAUUCGAAAGAU